AUGGCAGAAGACAUGAGCCAUGGUGCCCCACUCAGCAGCCAUGUCGAGUUCUGUACGCUGGGCAUGUUCAUUCUCGAUGACAUCGAAUUUGGCGGGAUCAGACCCGACGUGAAGAAUGUCCUCGGCGGGGCAGCCUCAUUUGCAGUCGUGGGCGCGCGUCUCGUCGCGGGAAAAGACCAUGCUCGGUCUGUGAGUUGGAUUGUCGAUGUCGGCUCAGAUUUCCCGCAAGAGGUCUUGGAUGUCAUCAACUCAUGGGACACCGACUGCAUGAUCAGAGAAGACCCGACGCGAUUGACCACCAGAGCAUGGAACGGCUACGGUCACAAUGAGCAACGAGCCUUCAAGUAUCUGACCCCAAAACUGCGAUUGGAACCUCACAUGCUGUCGGAUUCCCAAGUCCUUUCGAGGACGUUCCACAUGGUCUGCUCUGCGUCUAGGUGUAUCACCAUCGUGCAAGAAAUACUCAGACGCCGAGAAGGAUUGCAACGAAAUGGCCAGGUUUCUACUCCCCUGGAGCGACCGAUCUUUGUCUGGGAGCCCGUGCCGGACCUCUGCACCCCCGAGGAACAGGAGAUGUUCUUCGCUGCGAACCGAGUCGUAGACGUGGUAAGCCCCAAUGAACUGGAGCUAGGGCUGAUGUUUGGUCAGUCAGGGUGGAGCGAAGAUGGACAGUUUGGCCAGGAUAUAGUGAAAAGGAUCCUUGCAUCUGGGAUUGGCCCCGAUGGAACCGGGCACCUGGUCAUUCGGGCAGGAAAGGAUGGGAGCUAUUCAUACUCUAGAGCCCAGAGGAUCUGGUUGCCCGCAUAUCACCAGCCCGCAGCUUCGGAGUCUACCCCUGUGGUUGAUCCCACGGGCGCCGGGAACUCUUUCCUGGGGGCAUUGGCCCAAGGUAUGGUGAGUGCCGGACGAGGCCCGGCUAGUGUUAUCGAGUCGAUCUUUGCAUCGUCUGAGAGCUGGAGAGAUGCCGUGAAGGCAGACGGAGACCGCGGCCACAUCUUAGAGGCUUUGGUGUUUGCCACCGUCGCCGCCGGAUUCGUGGUGGAGCAAAUUGGGGUGCCCUUGAUGUCUACUUCUACUGAAGGAAGGGAGCUUUGGAACGAAACUGAAUUCACGGAACGGGUCCGUCUGUACACCCAGCGGUUGUAUAGAACCGUCGAAGAGUCUCCUCAGAAGCACUUCCUGAUCAAUUGA